AUGGAUACGCCAUCAGUGCCGGCGCCGAGAGACGCGCGGGAGCAGGCCAUUUUGGAGCGCCUGGUGCUCAUCCGCGACCAGCUCAUGCUCCUGAAGCAGGACCGCACAACAUACAUUCGCAGCCAAGACAUCAUUCCUCUAUACGACCAGACGAUUGAGCAAGUCAAGGAACUCACCGAAAUCCGGUCCCAAUCUGACCAACAGGAAGAGAAUAGAUUGGACAGGAUCCUGGAGAGUUGCUUCCAGCUGCUUUCCCUCUUCUACCUAACCAUCGGCCGAAACAACGAGGCGCCCGCCGCCUACGCGCUGACCUCGACCAUCAAGCGACUCCUCGACCAUCUCACCGAGGUUGAGCUCUACUCCGCCAAGGACUUGGAGAGCAUCAAGUCGACGCUGAGCAGUCUAGAAAAGAGCAUCAGCACGGCCCAGAACGGCGAUGAUUCCAAGUCCCAGCACCCUCCGUACUUACUCACACUCCUGUCCAAGCGAGUCAAGCUUUGCCAGGUGACGCUAGUCAAUCUCCUCAAGCGCCUGGAGCGAAUCGGGGAGCCCCUUCUUGAGAUGCACGAGAGGUUGAUAUGCAUACUCCGCCAAAUUUCUCUGGCAAACACCAAGACAAAGUUUUCCACGACCGAAGUCCAGAAGCUGCGAAAGGAGUUGUUGGAAAUUGGCGAGCGGCGCAAAGACGGCAAAUUCACGGCAGAGGAUGGGUCUGAGCCUCAAGGAGCCGCCGAGAUUUGCGAGCUGUAUACUCGGUGUCUCAGUUGGUCCGACCUCGUCUUGGAGCGCAAGGGAAAAGUGGCCGACCAAUGGCGCCCAACAUACGAUGUCCUGGUCGGGAUCCGUAACGACCUGGAAAAGCUAUCUCUGACCCAGGCCUGGUCCUUGCGCGAGACCGACCUUUACGACUUCCAGCGCCAGCUUGACAAGAUUGACGAGAGUCGGCAGAAUGGAAACUUUUACGACGACAAGGGCAGGCCAGCGGACCUUUGGACGCAGCGGACAAUGCUCUACCUGAUUCGCCGGAGCUACGCCUACAUCUACUCGUUCAUGCUCGCCUCGGAGCCCGUCUCAGAGGCACUUCUCCCCAUAUACAACCAGCUCCAGACCCUGAAGCGAUGCUUGGUUGAGGUGAAGCACAACGGCGGUGUCUCGUCAGUCCGAGAGCUGUACCCGUACAGCAUGAAGCUCAACUCACUCGACAACAUGAGAGUAGACGGCAAGUUCGUGGUGAAUGGCGAUAUUCCGGAAGGCCAGGGAAGCGUCAGCAAGCUGCUGGCCGAGUGCUUCGACAUCAACUACGAUUUGCGAGUAGCAGCUGAAGAAGCCGCCGAGGGUGACGGAAACUAA